AGACCUAUUUGCUAAUAUAUGUGCUAAUAUGAAUAUAUAUUUAUAUAUAUGUAUUUUAUAUGUUUGAAAUCAGAACAAUUAAAAAAAAGAAGAAAUUCUAGGAUCAGUGAUUUCCUACAAACUGAUUAUAAUUUCCCAGAUUCUGAAUAUAUUCAGUAUAUAUUUCCUAUUCAUUUAUCCAACACAUGUAUAUUUCCCUGUUUUGAAGGAAGAACACAAGGAAAUUCACGGGUUCAAACUUACAGUAACUGCCACGUACUACAUGCCAGAUCGUGACACUUUGCAGUACUUUUAUGCAAAUAUACACGGCUCCACAGUUUUUCACCCUGCAGGAAAAAUACAAGAGAUUCUUUGUGUUUCAUUUCCACUUGUCGCUCAGCAAAGAAACAAAUUGGUUCUGUUAUUGGUGUGUGUGUGUGUGUUUAAAAGCCACAAAGAAAAGUGUUUUGAAAGCAGCCGCUCUUCAGGGCACACGAGGAAAUCACUUUUUCCAACAUAAUUCAAAACAGUGAGAGCAGUGAAGGAAAGAAAGAAGAAGACUUUUCUCUUGGUUCUGAACAGAAACAUCCCAUAAUAUCCCUUUUUUUUCCAUUUCUAAAAAUAAAACACCAAUCACUGCCCGUGGCCAAAGUCCAAAUCUUUCAAACGAGCCAAUCACAUAAAGUUUUAAUAGCUUUAAAAGUAAAAGUAAAAAAAAAAAAAUUGAACUUUAUCUGCCAGGAACUUGGUCGAAGUUUUUUAUGUAUUUUAUUGCAGUACUUUAUUAUUAGUUCUACUUUGUACAAAGAGAAUAUCAAAUAUCGUUUAUAUUUAAUGUUUUUUUUUUUGCCUUCAGAGUUUCAAACCAUGGAGACGGACCAAUCAGACAUCAGCGCUGCACACCCAGCUCCAGGAGAUGGCGUCAAACAUCCCAUCAUGCAUCACUAGCAAUCAAAGCACCGCCAUAUUGGAAAGUACGAUUCCUGCUACUGCCAACAGAGUUUCAAACCAUGGAGACGGACCAAUCAGAAACCAGUGCUGCACACCCAGCUCCAGGAGAUGGCGUCAAACAUCCCAUCAUGCAUCACUAGAAAUCAAAGAAUUUCCAUAUUGGAAAUUCACUUCCACUAAAACCCCCUACAACCCGGGCCACGCAACUUCCUCAUCAACGAAGGCACGUCAGCAAGUAAAGGACGGGGGAGGCAACCAUGUCAUCAGUUACUUCAACCAUUUCUCCCACAACUUUGGAGAUGUUGACCAUCAUCCAUGUGACAACUGCAGUGGACAAAACAGGAACUGCCCCGAGCCCUGGUACUGUGCCUAGAAGGUGGGACACAAGUUUCACUCAGCUCCAAGAACCUGUUGCACCAAACACACAUUCGUGAGUGUGCUACUUCCUAAAACUAGACUUUGCCAGCUACUGCUCAAUCCACGAACUCUGCCCCCUGUUGACCAAAAAGGACUGUUAUCCAUCAUCGUCAAUGAUCAACACCCUCUCCAUGACACAGUAGAGAGACAACGAGUGCCUUGUCCCACAGGUUGCUCCCACUCCGCUGUCCAAUGGACAGAUACAGGUAAUGUUUCCUACCACAUGGCAUAACAUCAUACUAUAAGAGAUUCAACUCUGGUUAUAACUGUAGUCUGUAACGACUUGAUGUGAUUUCCUAAAACUGUUUAGCUACGCAUUAUUAUAGAUUUAACAUUGUAUUUGUAUUACUUUAAUAUGCCUAGAUAGUGAUACUUCAUUUCACUGUCUUAUUAUCUCUUUGUGUAAUGUUACUAAUACAAUGUAAUUCCCAAGUCUGUGAUGAAUAAAACAUAUUAAUCUAUAUUUCCGGCCCCAAAAUUGUAUUUGUGGGACUCGACAAAUUAAGAUUGAUUUUUUUGGAUUUUCCCAGGAACGUUGUAUCUCGAAAUGCUCUAAUUUGAUAAGAAACAUGCUAACAAGCUAACAUUUUAAAGAACAUUUUUGAACAUCUGUCCAAAAUUGACAAUUUGAUAAAAUGCAUACAGAAAAGAUAAAAUUGUGAUUUUCAGAUUUUCAAU